AUGGAAAAAAACGAGCAUUUUAUGCAAACAAUUAAAGGGUUGGAUUUAAGCCUUAUUCCUCCAUGUUGGAGAACUAUGGAACAAAAGAUCUUGCGUACAGUGUACGUUAAUUCAAGGUGGCCAAACACUGCAGAUGCAAAUUCUUCUAAAUUAAAUGUUGAAGAAUGCGGUUGGGAGCUAAAUGAACGUUUGGAACCAGUGUGGUUUAAGGGAGACCCAACGCCAUUGAAAGUCGAUGAUGUCUUAAAAUAUAAUGAAAAUAAUGUCGAUAACGACGAGUUGAAUGAGUUAAAUUAUUUGAAUGAUGUUUUUUCAGAUUCAGAUAAUGAGUAA